CCACCGCUCCCAGUUCUGCAAAACGCGCGAGCAGCCAGAGCUAGCGAGCUUUCAGUAGUAGAUAGAUGGAGGAGGCCAUGCUCCAACUCCAAGCCCUGUGACUACAUACUGAUGUGGUAUCAACCGCGACGGCCCGCCGCGGCUGGUCCCUUCUCGCAACCGGAGCCGCAGCAUCUGCCGCAAGCACCUCCGCCUCCUGCCUCCGAUGGCCACCCGGCCGACGCGCCGCCGGCCGGGCACUCCGUUCGGUGGCUCGCCGCCGCGGGCUUCGCCUUCCUCAUCUUCAACUCCGGGAUGGCCGUCCACCGCUCCCGGGGCGACCUCGGUGCCAUCGCGUUCGUCGCGUUUUCGCACCUCGACCUCCUCGCACUGUUCCUCUGCCUCCGGCGGUACGAGGGCGCCCGCCCCGGCUCGCCGCUCCGGGAUCAGCUGAGGAUGGCCAUCUGGCUCCUCACCUCGGCGCUCACGCUGAUGUUCUCGUCCAAAGUCGCCGCCGUGGUUCCCGGCGCCGUCGCCGCCGUGGUUUGGCUCGUUGCGUUUGGAACGGUCGCCGGCGGUUUCUAUGCACUCUUCUUCUGCGGCAACGAGGACAAGCAAUCGAAUGUUUUUGAUACAAUCAUUAAUUAAUAAAAAUAUUACUUUUGCGAGUGCCGC